GGCAAUUAUUCACAUUGUCACAACGCAGAUCAAAUCUGCUGGUUUGUGAGCAGAGCUCGUACAAUAAUUGAGCAUUUUCCCAAAGUAAUGGAGCAUCUCUCAUCUCCUUUCUCCUUACAAAGCCAAGACUUUUGCAUCUGCAUCCACCAAUCUCAGUCUAUGGGAGUCCUGACAAACUGAACUGAUGUUUCAGGUGGUUCUGCAUUUCUGGGAUGGGAGACAACUGCCUGGUUUUGGCACUUUGAAGAGCAAAUUUGAGCCUCCCUUUCCUCAGUUGUCUUCAGAGGGGAGGUAGGUGCUCCCCACAGACAACUUUCUACUGCUGCCCUGGGGGCUGGGGGUUGCUCAGCAGCAGAAAAACAGGGGUGGUUUAAGUGUGAAGAAAACCAAGGUGCACCUCCCAGAGAAAUGUUUUUUCCACCACAACCAUUGUGAUACAAAAGCAAAACUCUGCUUAGUUCUUUCAGUGGGCAGCUCAAGUAACUGGCAGACGACAGCCCAACCUGGGGUUGGGACUCUUUCCUCAGGGCUUUAACUCAUUGUUCAACUGAAGAAGCAAUUUAAAAGACCUUUGAAAAUGCUGUGGAUGUUGUGUCUCCCAAAUGCAUCCCUCCUUCUCCUGCUUCUCCCGUGCUUCCCUGCCCAGGACGGUGGAGGUAAUGAACAGCCCACAGACGUUAUCAGUGCUUGGGAAGGAGACUCCAUCAACAUAAUUUGCCCAGUGUAUGGUUCAGAAUAUCAAUUGGGGAUGGUCUUGAGAGCUGUCAGACAGAGUGUCAAUGUGAUAUAUUGUCCCAAGGAGAAACCUCCAAGUAUCAAUCCUGCCUUUGCUAAUCGCACCGAGUGCUCAAAGGAAGGGGAGAACCUCAGGAUAACCCUGCACAGGUUACAGGAGUCUGAUUCUGAAAUCUACACAUGCGUUGAGAUUUUAAAUAUCGAGGAGAUAUCUAGGAAGACAACCAUGGUACUGGUCAAAGCUAAAUCCAGAAGGCCUCUGGAACAAUCACCACUCCACGCCAACCCUGAGCAAGGCCAGUCUGUCAACAUCACCUGUGUGUUGAAAAGCUCACAUGAAGAUGAGAGGUUUAUUUUGCUCAGGACUCAUGUGCAGCCUGGCAGAGUUCUGUCUGUGUCAAAUCUCAAUGGGUCAGAGGUUUCUCCUGCCUUUGGGAAUCGCUUGGAGUAUUCAAAGGAAGGAAAUAGAAUUGUGGUAUUUCUACACGAGCUACAGGAAAAGGACAGUGAUAACUACAUCUGUGCCCAGGAGGUGAGGGGUUCCCCUCUGCUCUCUGCAAGUGGCACCAUGGUGCUGGUUAAAGAAGUGGAGCAGGCAUGUGAGAAGAGCUCCUGGGAUUUGUAUGCCCUUCUCAUGGUGGUGGCUGUGCUGUGCUGUGCCCUGGUGUGCUGCUUCUUGUACCAUGUGGAUGUGAAGAAAUAUUUCCAGAAGAAAAAGCCCAAUGUGGUGUAUGAAGACAUGUCCUACAACUCUAGACGGAGCACCCUGGUCAGAACCAACACCUAUUCCAGAGGUGAAUAAACUUCUGCCAGCUGGCACCAUCCCCUCACAGGCAGCUCUGAGAGCUGCUUUAACCACCUGAACUGCAAUUGCUAUCACCUACCUUCUUCAGUGGAAGGAAAAACCUCAUUUCCAAGGUUGUUUCUACUUUUUUAAAUUUUUUUUUUUUUUGUAACAUACAGAAAAUCUAGCAAAAUGCAGGUACUCUGGACAUGUGUAUGCAGUUCAGUGUGAAAAAGCAGCAUUUUGGGGCUAAAUGCAACAUAUGGGCUCAUUUCUUUGCUAAAUAACCCAUCCUGGGAUGGAUGGGGAGGUCUGGUUCUGAGCAUUGCUAAGUCUCAGGAAGGCCACACAGGUCUCAUCAAUAAUUUGCCAGGAUCCACACAAACAUGGAUUCCAGUUCUCUCACGGAUUCUUGCCCAAGAGCUCAGGCAGCUAAAACUACUCAAGAGUUACAGCAGGGAAAUCUAUUUUGCAGAAACCAGAAAUGUGGCAGGGUGAAAUGCUGGAUCCAUGUGGGCUCACCUGCUCCAAGGCCAUGAUGGUCCCACAAAAACACAAUCGAGUCUGGAUUUUAGUUUACUGCCUCUGUCAGAGCCAGUCACAAGACUGAUGGGGGUCUUGAUGUGGCUGAGGAGCAAAGUGACUAAACAUGGGUCCUGGUGGCAUCUUGGGUGUCUGGGUUUGAACAGACAGGUGUCUGCUAAGGAAGGCAGGAGCCUCCCCUGAAAUAGAAAAUGUAAACCCCCUUCCUCCAAAUUAUUAUAAUUUUAAAAUUAAAAGGAUCUCAGGCAAAGAUGUGGGAAUAGGAAUAAUGGUUCUUUACUACGAAAAGUAAAAAAUGCAAAUGCAAUAGUACAAACAAAAAAAAAAAAAAAAAAACAACACUGCCAGAGUCAGAGCAGGCCCUGUCCCCCUGUGUGUCAGGGUGGUGGCACAGUCCCAUCCCAGGGUGGCUCAGGGUGGUGGCACAGUCCCAUCCCAGGGGGGCUCAGGGUGGUGGCACAGCCCCAUCCCAGGGGGCUCAGGGUGGUGGCACAGUCCCAUCCCAUGGGGGCUCAGCCCUCCUGCAGUGCCAGCUGUGGUUCUGCUGGAGCAGGGAUCCUGCACAAGGGGGGAGUUUUCCUCUGAAGCUCCAGGGCUGCUGGAGAUGGGCCUGCUCUCCCUCUGGGAAUGCAGGGCAGGAGAAAGCUGCUCCUCUGGGAAUGCAGUGGGAAAGGCUGCUGUGCUGUUCCCAGGCCAGAUUGGAUCCAGGUAGGAAUGCUUGGCUCCUCCCAUGGGCGGAGCAUCUCCCCAUGGGAUGGUGGAAUUUGAUCAGCCCUGCAGGGACACUCACUGGGCAUGGACAGCAGAGAUCUCCUGGAGGGAGGGUUGGCUGUGGGAGAAAUAAAGAAAACUGCCCCAUGAACAGCAGAGAACUGGCCCAGCUCUGACAGACAGGUUUAGAAUACACACCCCCAUUUCCAACCUAAGACCCUGGGACAGCAGAAAUGUUUGUGAUCUGCUGCGUGAGUUUCUCCAACCCCGUGACUCCACACUGUACAACACAAGGUGAAAUAAUCCAGGGUAAAUAAAGCCAAUUCCUGCAUUCCAACCUGGGCAUGAUCUAAAACGCCUUCUUAUCAAAGGGAUUUAUCAAAACUCACCUCAGGCAAGAAAAGGCUAAAUUUGUGUUGAUAACAGCUCCUAAAGCAGGUGGCUGUGGGGAGCUGGGCAGAGGAAUGUCUUGGGCUCCUCCAGGGGUGUUUUGGUUUUGUAGGGUUGGGGCACUGUGAAAAGUCAAAAGUCUUUCACAAAGGAGUGCUGAAUUGCCUUGGUACAGGGCAGGGCUGAUGGGGGUGGCCUCUGGUUGCUGAGGACAAGCUGAGACUGGAGUUUCUCUCUAUUGAUAUGAUUGUUUAUUUUUUUUUUUUUGAGGGAUUAGGGUCAGUUUAUCUUUGAUGAGUGCAUAGCUGGAGCAGAGCCAGGCACAAAGGAUAAUUCCUCUCCAGAGCUGAGCUCUGACAAGAUCCCAGCUUGCCAAGGCAAUCCUGCCCCUCAGGAGAGCCCAUUUCCCUCCAGAUAUUGCUCACGAAAUGCUGUACACCAGACCUGAGGGAGAAAUCCCCUCACUGUGAGGGGUGGGUGGUGCAGGUUCACCUUGUGAACAAGUAGGUGCUGUCCUCACAGGGCCAGACCUGGAUUAGUUGUGUUUGCUCUUGGGGUUUUGUUCAGUUCCUUGAUAUUUUCAUACAUAUAUUAAAACCUGUUUCAUAUGUCUUGCAAAUAAAUGACUGUUUAUUUUA